CUCACAAGAGCAGAGUAGAGGGGGACAAUCACCUCCCUGUCCCUGCUGGCCAGCCUUCUUCUGAUGGAGCACAGGAUACCAUUUGCAUUCCAAGCCACAAGAGCACACUGCUGGCUCAUGUUUUGUUUUUCAUCUAUCAAGACUCCCAGGUCCCUCUCUCUCAAGGUCCCAGGUCCCCUGCUCUCAAGGAGCUCCUUCCAGUCUGUAAGGAUGCCUGGGAUUCCUCCAGCCCAAUGCCAAACUCUGCAUUUUGCUGUGUUGAACCUCAUCAGGUUCACCCAGGCCCACCUUUCCAGCCUGUCACUCCAUCACCAAAGGCCUCCAGCUGGCCCUGCGCCAGCACCCGACUUCGUGACAGCCCACGUGGUUCAACCAGAGAACCCAACUGUGCCAGUAUCCAUAGCCCUUAUUAAAAAGAGCAAAAUGAGGCCGUGAAAAUCAGCUCCUUUAGUAAGAAAGGAAAUACGUUCUAAGAGGGGGGUAGAAGAAGAGGAUGAGAAUGAAGCCAGGCCAUGACAAGAACGGCAGGAGGAAGAGGCCGAACUCAUAAAGGAGACGAGAACCAUUUGACUCCUGAGCACGAGUGAGCUGACAGAUAUGUGAAAAGACUUCAGCUGUCAUGCAGGGGAGCACUCUGACACUGGGAGAACGGGGCCGCAAGCCUGGACUAGGCGGGCAGCAAAGGCAGGCAUCUGGGAUCCCUUUCACGGGCAGGGGGCAUUGGCAAAGCCCUUGGAAAUGAGGCACGAGCCUUCCCCUCGUGGAGGUGACUCUCCGUAAGGGCCGAGAGGGAAAGGAGUCCCUUCAAAGAAGAUCUGGUAUGUUACCCAGGCAAGCGGUCCACCGUGGGGAAAGGUGUGCCUGAGGGCACCAGCUCUUCUGGAGGUGAUGCGUAAUGCUGAAAAAAGAGGGGAGAUACAGACUGGCUGUUGGCCGGCAAUUGCUGAUUCUGAGGGUGGGGACGCACUGGAACAGUUGCCCAGGGCUGCCGCCAUCUUGCUUGGGAGCCUGGGACGCAUUCCGCCCCGAGGGGGUAACCGUGAUGUCACAGUGGUGGCAGGGAGCGGCCAUUGUGACCCGCGGGGCUGGGAGCAGAGCAAAGGCUGCCGGGCUCAGAGCGUGGUCAGUGCGGCCUGGUGAGGUGCAGAGAGAGCAGGGACUCUUCAAGUGCUCACCGUUGACGCGCAACAUGUCCAGUAGGAAGCGGAAGGCCCCCGACUCCGGGGAGCAAGUGUGCAUGCUGUGUCGCCGGGCGGAUGUCGACCCGAACAUCUGCGGGCGCACCUUUGCCGAGAGCGACCUUUGCGUGCAUGAGUUCUGCUUGCUUUUUUCUUUGAAGAAGAACACAUUCUUUGAAGAAAGCGACCCCUGGGAGGAAACGCUGCGCCUCCCCGUUGGGACCAUCAGAUGCAGAAUCAAGCAGGCGGACCAGAAGCAAUGCUUUGUUUGUGGCGAGAGAGGAGCCGCCAUCAGCUGCGCAGAGAGAGGCUGUGCACGCAGCUUCCACCUGCCCUGCGCCGCGGACGGUGAAUGCGUCACCCAGUUCUUUGGGCAGCACAGGUCCUUCUGCUGCGAGCACCGCCCGCGACAGGCAGCGGAGGCAGCUCCACCCCAAGGCACUGACUGCGUCAUCUGCCUGGAGCCCCUGGAGGACAGCACGUCCUACCAGACCCUGUGGUGCCCAGCGUGCAAGCACACCUGGUUCCACCGCCGCUGUGUCCAGGGGCAGGCCACGAAUGCCGGCACCAUGAGCUUCCAGUGCCCCAUUUGUCAAGACACGGAGCAAUUCCGUGCAGAAAUGUCCACUCUGGGGAUCCAAGUCCCAGUCAGGAGACCGUCUUGGUGGGAUGACAACACCUACCCAUCACUUCUGCGGAGGCACAGGCGCUGCGAUGUCAGCAAGUGCCUUUACCCAGGAGGCAGGGAGCAGGCAGAGGUGAAUGGGCCCUGGCAGCUGCUGCUCUGCAGCUCCUGUGCUGCAGAAGGGACCCACCGACGAUGCUCCUACCUGAGCAACAGAGUUAGCAGCUGGGAGUGUGACAGCUGUGCUGGCAUAGGCACCGCCUCCAGCAGCAACACGGAGCGCGCCGGACCCAGCACCAACACGGAGCGCGCUGGCCCCAGCACUUCCAGCCAAGGGGCUCCGGAGCCUCCCCGUGGCUCCCAGGGACCGGAGAACAUCAGCUCCGGCUCCAGCAGCCAGGCAGCAUCGGGCCCCUCACACCGGUCCCAGCUGCCUGAGAACAGCCGCCUGCCCAGUGAGCCUGGGACACGGCAGAGGGCAAUCGGCCCACGCCUCCCUGAGGAUCAGGAGGCAUCUCUGCGGCGCCGAGGACGCCGCGGGAGCGGCCGUGCAACAGCCCCGCGCACCAGCAGCAGCUCCCGCAGGUCCACCCCAUGGAGGGCACCGCGGCCCUCCAGCGACUCCCCGGUGGCUGCACCCAGAAGGAGCCCCAGGCAGCAGGGGAUGGGCCGGGCACGAAGCCGCUCCCCGCUUCAAGAUCGGGCCUCACGUUCCCAGAGCCGGCCCAGAAGAAGCCGUGGCAGCAGACAAACGCCACGCCGAGCUGCACAGAGCAGCACCCUCUGCUCAGCCGCCCCAGUGACAUCGAGGCCCUCGGGGGGUUCCCCGCUGCCUGGACACAGAAGACCCUCCAGGCAGCUAGGGAGGGCCCACACAUGA